AACGUCAGCGUGCGACAGACAAGAGUCAGACGGUGCAAUGAAUUAACGAUGAUGUGAACGACAUACAUUUUUUAAAAAUCUGCGCCAUGGAGUUAAAAUGGGAAGAUGCUGCUGUCACUGGUCCUGUCGUGUUCUCGAGAGAUGUGUUUGACAAGUUCACUCUCGCGCCCAACAUUAAAGAACUAUAUGCUCUUUUACACAGCUCUGAUGCAGCAGAAGCACAGACUGUGAAGUGUGAUGAAGAUUCAGAUGUCAUUAACACGCUUGCAUCAGAUGACGCCUCGUCUGAAUGCAAACCAACUGAAAAUCGUGUUAAGCCCAAACCUGUGAAGACUACCGAGAUUCCAACUUUCCCUGAGCCUCUAGUGCCCUACCCUUGCUUUACCAGCAUCAACUCAAAGCAGCGCCGAUCAUAUAUCAGCAUUCUCAACGGCAAGCCUAUCAGAGUUUCAAAGCCUUUGAUGGAGCGUGUGAAGAAUGAAGUGACCGAGUUUAUGAAAUACCUACAAGAUGUUUCUAGAGCAUGUGCUGAUGGGUACAACUAUAUGUCACCAGGCAGCACCCGCUACUCUGAGGAAUAUUUUACAGCCUGCUUGGAACAUGUGAAGAGUUACCCACAGUAUUACAGCAUUCAAGAGAUUACUAGCCUGACCAGUGUAAAGUUUGUGUGCGAAAUGUCUCUCAACUUUGAGAAACAGCUUCUUGCUAUGGGUACAAUAGACAUGCUAGACAAAAAAGUGAUCCCAGAACACACCCAACUGGCAGGAGACUAUGAGACCGUGUCAAAUGCGUUUCCUCCAGUUAAAAAAGCAACUUCAGCACAAACUGCCAUCAGCAAUGACAGUAACGCGGAAAAACUCAGCGCCACUUACGAGCCACAAGUGUGUUUAUCCAAAGAGGCCUUCCUUCAGCUCCUGAAUAACAGCUCAGAGUUCACGGAAGCAUGGGAGCUGCCAGUUUGGGUCAAAAUGAAUCCUAAUAAAGGCAGCAGUCAGAGUAAGACGGCAUACAUUGAUCCUCCUCUGCUGAAGACCGAGAUGAGCUGGAGAGAGAGGAGUCUGCUGUUUCAUGAGGAGAGCGUCAAGAUGACAUUCAAGAAGACUGUGUCACGACCUGUAUUUUUCCUCACUUCAGAAGAGAUAUCCUUAGAAAUGAACCCCCCUCCUGAGGACAAAAACACCAGGAAUGUGGUUGCAUUUGAUGAUGCUGGUAUGGAUUUUGAAACUGAUCUAACAGACCUGGAGUCAUUUGGGGAAUCCUACAAGCCCAGUAAGAAAGUGAAGGAACAGAAUGAACCAAAAACAGCUUGUGCAAAUCCAUCUCAACUUAUCCUAAGCCCCAAGAAACAGACAGACUCUCUAGGUACGUCAAAGCGCACCUCAACGUCUCAAAACACUCCCACAGAACCCCUUGAGUUGACCGUGGCCGAGGAACAAGGAGAAACCGACUCGUCUUUGGCUGACGGAGGGAACGGUGCGAUGCAUGAAAGUGCGAGUGAAGAUUCAAAAGCGUCUUCUGUUCAGUGUCCUCCCACCAAGCGGCCUAGACGGAUAAUGGAGGACAAGGAUGACCAGGAUUCGGAUUCUGAUGAAGAACGACUAGUUAUCGAUCACAUAGUCUCCUCACAGACCCGGGUGACACCAGGCGAGGUGUCCUCCCCCCGAGCGCCCGGCCCAGCAACAACAAGCCCCACUAACCCUCUGGGCAAAGGAACAAAGAAAGGCAUCAAAAGGCCAAGAAUAUCCGGCGAGUGCGAUCAGCUCGGACAGAUUUUACGGAUGCAGGACGCCAUGCUGAAAUCCACCCCCAGCAAGAACCAGGAGGCUGUGAAAGCGGCUGUCCCAGAGGAUAAACCUCCAGAACCUAAAACACACUCCCUGGUCAAACAGUGUGUGACCUCGUACCUGGAGUCCAGAGAGGGCCAGGGAGAGGACGGCGCACUGCCUGCUGCCGUUCCUGUGCUGGCAGCCCCUCAAAGAAAACGUCUUCUGAGGGAGGAUCUUCAGGUCAGUGCUGAGGAUGAGAUGGACUAUGAUCCUCCAGCAGAGGGCAGCGUUCUGUACAAACUCUACAGUCUGCUGGACGUUCUGCUCAUGGUGCGCAGCAGUGUGGACAUCGCUCACCCGAGACACGACAGAGAGACCUUCAGGGCCGUCCCAGUGCAUGUCUUACCCAAGCUGGAGUAUCAGCUGUGCUACGGAGCCGAGAGUCUGACCCACACGGAGGCCUGUCAGCUGUGGGCCGAGAAACUUCUGCACUCCAGUACCGUGCCUUUCAUAAGUCGCAUCAAUGCACACACAUCAGAAGUGGUUCAGAUGCAGAAGUUACCUGACGACUGGAUUCAGAACAUCACCUGUGACUUCAAGCCAACUAGAUGUUUAAACACACUCUACCACUUACUGAAAAAAGUCUCAGCUUUACAGGAAGGACGGUACCUGCUGGUCCACAAACCGCGUGAGGGUUUUGUGACCGUCUUCAAAGCCAGCAGUGAGACUAACCCUGCUCGCAGUUUGUACCACCUGCAGACUGCGCACUGCGGACUCCCUGCUGUGUCGCCAGGGGUUCCCUGGGUUCCCCUGGACCCCUUGCAUGUCCUGCCAUUUCACCAGAAACACAACAGACCGCCCUGCAUCUUCCCCCCACGUCCACCCCCUCAGGCUAAAGUUCGGACAGGACCUAAACAACCAGCCAGCUCAACUAAAACAGGCAAUCUGAAUCAAUCACCUAAAAAGAAGAAUAAAAAAGGUACUCAUAAGGCACAGGGAUGGAAGAACAACAUGAGAGCCAAGCUACUGAAAGACCUGCAGAAAAGCCAAGAAAAGCCAAAACAAAAGACACCAUCUUGAUUUCUGUACUUGAUUUUUGUUUUUUCAAAAGCACUUUCUACCACCUGAUAUUAUGUACAACCAACAAAAAACAAUGUUGUGCAUGUUGCGUAUGACUACAUUUUGUAUAUUUUUAAAGAAUCCUUGACCACACUGAAACGGUUAACAUUUACCAAUUUUUCUAUUUUGUAUUAUUUUGUCAGCAGUAAAUAAAAGAAUAUGUUGUUUAAUAUAA